CUGGACACGGCGCCCCUUCCCAAGUCUUUGGUCCGUUCGCGGGGAAGGAAAUCAACUCUUCGAUAUUAUUGCACUCCGCUUUCUUCUUCCUUGUUUUUGUUUUAUCCCCGUCCAAAAACCUCCCCUAAAGACUCCCAUUAGUUAUCCCUGCCUCCAGCGCACUUGGAAAAGGGUUCUUUCCCUUCACUUCCAGUCACGCCUUCUCGACUUCAGCCUCGACUCCGUCCCACGAGGAAGAUUCAACCCAAAGAACUCAAAUCUGGGCCAAUUGAGGGCUGCCAAUCGUUCACGGAAGACACCCAUAAAUACCCCCCUUGAACGGUCUCGGUUUCGCUCAUUCGCUUUUCUGUUCACCCCCGAGCACAGGAAAAAGGACCAAGAUGCGUCCCGAAACCGAGCAGGAGCUUUCCCACAUCCUCCUCGUCGAGCUCCUUGCAUACCAAUUUGCCUCUCCCGUGAGGUGGAUUGAGACCCAAGAUGUUAUCCUCGGAGAGCAGACGGCUGAACGGGUCGUUGAAAUCGGCCCAGCUGAGACACUCGGUGUGAUGGCCAAGAGGACUCUGGCCGCUAGGUACGAAGCGUACGAUGCCGCCAAGUCUGUGCAGAGACAAAUUCUCUGCUACAACAAGGACGCCAAAGAGAUCUACUAUGACGUGGAUCCCGUCGAGGACGAACCUGAACCCGCUCCGGCGCAAGCGAGUUCCUCGAGCUCGGGGGCACCAGCGCCUGCUGCCGCCUCCGCCGCUGCCGCCGCGCCUCCACCACCGACUGCCGCGCCCGCUGCCCAAGUUCCAGACGCGCCCGUCCAGGCAAUUGAUAUCGUGCGGGCCUUGGUGGCUCAAAAGCUGAAGAAACCUGUCCAAGACAUCCCUCUGAGCAAGGCCAUCAAGGAUUUGGUUGGCGGCAAAUCCACUCUCCAGAAUGAGAUACUUGGCGAUCUGGGCAAGGAGUUUGGAUCGGCACCCGAGAAGGCCGAAGACACACCGCUUGACGAGCUUGGUGCGGCGAUCCAGGCGACGUUUGAUGGCAACCUUGGCAAGACCUCACAGGGUCUCAUUGCUCGUCUCAUCUCGUCCAAAAUGCCAGGCGGGUUCAACAUUACAACUGCGCGAAAGUAUCUCGAGACGAGGUGGGGCUUAGGGCCUGGACGGCAGGAUGGCGUGCUCCUGCUUGCAAUCACAAUGGAGCCGCCAGCACGUCUGGGCUCAGACGCCGAGGCAAAGGCCUUCCUGGACGAUGCAUCUCAGAAGUACGCUUCCACUGCUGGGAUCAGCCUCUCUACGGCCGCCGCUGCUGGGCCGGCUGCCGCUGGCGGGGGCGGCAUGAUGAUGGAUCCCGCUGCCAUCGAAGCGUUGACCAGCGACCAGAGGGCCUUGUUCAAGCAGCAGCUUGAGCUCAUUGCGAGAUACCUCAAACUAGACAUUCGUGCCGGCGACAAGGCUUUUCAAGCGUCGCAGGAAUCAGCCAAGGUUCUGCAGUCUCAGCUCGACCUGUGGGUGGCAGAACACGGUGACUUCUACGCUGCCGGUAUCGAGCCAGUCUUCAGUCCCCUCAAGGCCCGUGUUUAUGACUCUUCGUGGAACUGGGCCCGCCAGGAUGCCCUGAGCAUGUACUUCGACAUCAUUUUUGGAAGGUUGAAGACGGUCGAUCGCGAGAUCGUCAGCCAGUGCAUUCGCAUCAUGAACCGCGCCAACCCGACGCUUCUCGAGUUCAUGCAGUACCACAUCGACAACUGCCCGACUGAGCGCGGAGAAACGUACAAGCUUGCCAAGGAGCUCGGUGCCUCGCUGAUCGAUCACUGCAGGGAGGUUCUCAAUGCCGACCCGCGCUACAAGGACGUCGCCAUUCCAACUGGCCCGCAGACCACGAUCGACCAAGUUGGCAACGUGCGGUACCAAGAGGUCCCGAGACCUAGCUGCCGGAAGCUGGAGCACUAUGUGCAACAGAUGGCCGACGGCGGCAAAAUCUCGGAAUACGGAAACCGGACCAAGGUCCAGGACGCCCUCUACAGGAUGGUCAAGCUCAUGAAGCAGCAGUACAAGUCGCACAAGGGCGCGCAGAACGAAAUCAUGAGCUUGUACAACGACAUCACCCGCUCACUCGCUAUGAACGAGAGCCAGAUCAUCCCCAAGGAGAAUGGCAGGAUCAGUGGCCUACCGAAGAAGGGCAAGCCAAGAGGCAAGACUGAGACAAUCCCGUUCCUUCACCUCCGCAAGAAGACGCAGCAGGGAUGGAACUACGACAAGAAGCUCACGAACAAGUACCUUGAUUGCCUCGAGACUGCCGCACGAGACGGUGUCACAUUCGCCGGCAAGUAUGUGCUCAUGACGGGCGCCGGCGCCGGCUCGAUUGGCGCCGAUGUUCUCCAAGGACUCAUCAGCGGCGGUGCCAAGGUCAUUGUGACCACAAGCCGCUUUUCUCGGGAGGUCACCGAGUAUUACCAGUCCAUGUAUGCCCGGUUCGGCUCGCGCGGCUCACAGCUUGUGGUGGUGCCGUUCAAUCAAGGCAGUGUCCAGGACAUCAAUGCGUUGGUCGACUACAUCUACGACACUAAGAGUGGUCUGGGCUGGGAUCUUGACUUCAUCGUCCCGUUCGCUGCCAUCUCAGAGCAGGGCCGUCAAAUCGACGGCAUCGACUCCAAGUCUGAGCUUGCGCAUCGCAUCAUGCUCACUAACCUCAUCCGCCUCCUCGGCAACGUCAAGACCCAGAAGGCCACCCGUGGCUACGAGACACGUCCCGCACAGGUCAUCCUUCCGCUGUCCCCCAACCACGGCACUUUUGGCAGCGAUGGCUUGUAUUCCGAGUCGAAGCUCGGCCUCGAGACCCUCUUCAACCGGUGGGCUUCCGAGGACUGGGCCAAUUAUCUCACCAUUUGCGGCGCCAUCAUUGGCUGGACUCGCGGCACUGGUCUGAUGUCGGGCAACAACAUUGUGGCCGAGGCGGUUGAGCGCUUUGGGGUCCGCACUUUCUCGCAGCAGGAGAUGGCUUUCAACCUUCUCGGCCUCAUGGCCCCUACCAUCGUCGAUCUCUGCCAGAGCCAACCUGUCUUUGCGGAUCUGAACGGUGGUCUGCAGUUCAUUCCCAACCUCAACGAGACGAUGACUCGGGAGCGCAAGACCCUGACCGAGACCAGCGAAACCCGCCGCGCCGUCAACAAGGAGAUCGCUGUGGAGAACAAGGUGGUAAAUGGCGAGGCUUCCGAAGCCCUGUACAAGAGGAAGGUCAUCGAGCCCCGCGCCAAUAUCAAGUUCGAUUUCCCGCCCCUGCCGGACUGGAAGUCCGAGAUUGCUCCUCUCAACGAUAACCUCAAGGGCAUGGUUGACCUCGAAAAGGUUGUUGUUGUCACAGGCUUCGCCGAAGUCGGCCCGUGGGGCAACUCCAGAACAAGGUGGGAGAUGGAGGCGUACGGCGAGUUCUCGCUCGAGGGGUGCAUCGAGAUGGCGUGGAUCAUGGGCCUCAUCAGGAAUCACAAUGGGCCGAUCAAGGGCAAGCCGUAUUCUGGCUGGGUGGAUGCAAAGACUGGCGAGCCUGUUGACGACAAAGAUGUGAAGCCCAAGUACGAGAAGUACAUCCUGGAGCACUCGGGCAUUCGCUUAAUUGAGCCCGAGCUGUUUGGCGGCUACGACCCAAACAAGAAGCAGCUGCUGCACGAGGUCGUCGUUGAGGAGGAUUUGCAUCCCUUCCAAGCCUCCAAGGACCAGGCCGAGGAGUUCAAGCGCGAGCACGGCGACAAGGUGGAGAUUUUCGAGAUUCCCGAGACUGGCGAGUACACGGUCCGCAUGAAGAAGGGCGCCUCGCUUUGGAUUCCCAAGGCCCUGAGGUUUGACCGUCUCGUUGCCGGCCAGAUCCCGACGGGUUGGGAUGCCAAGCGGUACGGCAUUCCGGACGACAUCAUCUCGCAGGUCGACCCUGUGGCUCUGUUUGUGCUCGUCUCAACUGUCGAGGCUCUCCUGUCAGCCGGUAUCACGGAUCCGUACGAGUUCUACAAGUAUGUCCAUGUAUCAGAAGUGGGCAACUGUGUGGGCUCAGGUAUGGGUGGCGCGGCGGCUCUCCGCGGUAUGCACCGCGACCGCUUCCUCGAUAAACCGCUCCAGAACGAUAUUCUGCAGGAGUCGUUCAUCAACACUAUGGCUGCUUGGGUGAACAUGCUGCUGAUCUCCUCGUCUGGUCCGAUCAAGACGCCCGUCGGUGCCUGCGCCACGGCUGUCGAGUCAAUCGACAUUGGCUACGAGACCAUCAUGGAGGGCAAGGCCCGCGUCUGCUUUGUCGGUGGCUUCGACGACUUCGGUGAGGAGGGCUCGUAUGAGUUCGCCAACAUGAAGGCAACCAGUAACGCCGUCGACGAAUUCGCUCACGGUCGGACUCCCAAGGAGAUGUCUAGGCCAACGACCACGACAAGGAAUGGCUUCAUGGAGUCGCAGGGAUGCGGUGUCCAGGUCAUCAUGACUGCGAAGCUCGCGCUGGACAUGGGCGUCCCCAUCUACGGCAUCCUCGCGCUUACCACGACUGCGUCGGACAAGAUCGGGCGCUCGGUGCCUGCGCCUGGCCAAGGUGUGCUCACGACCGCUCGGGAGCACCCUGGCAGAUUUCCCUCGCCUCUGCUCGACAUCAAGUACAGGCGGCGGCAGAUUGAGCGCCGGACUCAGCAGAUUCAGGACGACAAGGAAGUUGAAAUCCAAUACCUUGACUCCGAGGCCGAAGCGCUUAGGGCCGAGGGCUGGACGGAGGACAAAAUCGCUGCGUUCGUCAAGUACCGGAAGAUGCACAUUAACAAGGAGGCCGAGAGGCAGACCAAGGAGGUUCUGCGCAGUUACGGUAACAAUUUUUGGAAGAGCGACCCCAGCAUCGCUCCUCUGCGCGGCGCUCUGGCCACGUGGGGCCUUACGAUUGACGAUCUCGGCGUGGCGUCAUUCCAUGGAACGUCGACCAAGGCCAACGACAAGAACGAGUCGUCAGUCAUCUGCCAGCAGCUUGCCCACCUGGGGCGCAAGAAGGGCAACGCGGUUCUGGGCAUCUUCCAGAAGUACCUUACCGGGCACCCCAAGGGUGCUGCUGGUGCCUGGAUGAUGAACGGGUGCUUGCAGGUGCUUAACACGGGUCUCGUCCCCGGCAACCGCAAUGCCGACAACGUCGACCAGGUGAUGGAGCAGUUCGAUUACAUCGUGUACCCCAGCCGUACCAUCCAGACGGACGGGAUCAAGGCCUUCUCGGUCACGUCGUUUGGUUUCGGCCAGAAAGGUGCCCAGGCGAUCGGUGUGCACCCCAAGUAUCUGUUUGCCACGCUGGACGAGAAGACGUUCGACGAGUACCGGGCCAAGGUCGAGGCUCGGCAGAAGAAGGCCUACCGCUUCUUCCACAAUGGCAUGAUCAACAAUGCCCUGUUCGUGGCAAAGGACAAGUCGCCGUACACUGAUGAGCAGCUCAGCUCGGUGCUCCUGAACCCCGAUGCUCGGGUCACCGAGGAUAAGAAGACUGGGAAGCUCACUUUCGCGAGCAACUUUAUGAAGCAGUCUGAGAAACUCCAGGAGUUGUCGGGUUCCCCGGAGCACAAGGCGACCAUCGAGUCGGCGCUCCGCUCGGCGACGCGGAAUAUUGAUGGUGGUAACAUCCGAGUCGGACUCGACAUUGAGGACAUCUCGGCCGUCAACGCGGAGAACGAGACAUUUGUGGAGCGUAACUUCACGGAGGCGGAGAUCAAGUACUGCCAGUCGUCAUCUACGGGGCGGGCAGCGCAGCAGGCGUUUGCAGGGCGAUGGAGCGCCAAGGAGGCCGUGUUCAAGGCGCUGGGCGUCGCCAGCCGGGGAGCGGGCGCGGCCAUGAAGGACAUUGAAAUCCUGACGGACAAGAAUGGGAUGCCAACUGUCACGCUGCACGGUGCCGCAGAGGAGGCUGCGAAGAAGGCGGGCAUCAAGCACGUCACUGUCUCGAUCUCGUAUACCAAGGACCAUGCUUCGGCCGUUGCUACAGCUCAGGUUUGAUGGAUGGCCUGUUUCGGGGUUUGGAGUUCACCGUUUAGAGGAAUGGAGUUUUUCUGAUAAAUGAUUGUUUGUCAUUUGAGGUUGGCGGAUGAGGUGAAAUGGUCUAGUCUGAGUCAUGGCUUUACACCUAGAUCAAUCGCGCUUCGAGCCGCGUAUAACUAAUUAUUAUUAGAGUAGUUUGCCUUGACGUUCGCGCGUUGAAUUGAAUGGCUACACCAUCUAUGAGAUUGAUGUUGUGCCACUGGUCAACGUUUCUGACCCUG